UUUUUGAACUGCAAAGAUGUUUUUACUGCGAGCAAGUUUCUACCGCCAGAUACUCAGUUUGUUGUUGCUGAUAUUUGUUGUUGUCCAGGGGCAAAAAUAUGCACAGAAGCGUUGUGCGGAACUGACCGAAUAUUGUCAAGUGGACUGGGAUUGCUGUUCCAAUCGCUGUAUGAGUUAUCUUUAUCGCUGCACCAGAAAUUACACAAAGCAAAAUAAUUAUAUACACUUCGAAGUACCCAGCCAAAAUCCAACAUCAUAUGCAACUCUUGAUGAAAUUCUAGCAUCCAAUUUUGACAAUGACAAUGACAAUGUCUUUGAGCAAAUUGACGUGAGAGUUGGUAAUGCAAAAGCACAAGAAAAAAACAGUCGUGGUUUACAAUAUGACAACCGGUUUAAUCAACGAAAGGAAUAUGCACCAAUAUCAACAACAAGUCCAUUUAUUUAUAGAAUUGUGAAGUCCAAUGAGGGCACAACGGCUACAUCAAAUACUUAUCCAGGUGCAAUGACAUCAAAUCCAAUCGGUCCACAGUAUAGCCCUACUUGCAAAGAAAUUGGCUCAAAGUGUUAUAGAAAUGAUGAAUGCUGCACUCAACGUUGCCAUGACUAUUUGCACAAGUGCGUCACAUAGGAGCAGCCGGUCAAGACAAAUGCUAUAAUCACUUUGGAACUUGCAUGAACACUUUAUAUAUCAUAAGGCAGAUUUUAAUUUAUUUAUUAAUAUCGCACAUAUUUAUUUAUAUCUGUAUUUAUAUUUGCAAAAUUAAUUGCUGCAAUUAAUUACUAAGAAGACAAUAAAAUAUUGUGUAUUUUUUGGUUAUACAAUCGUCGUUUAGCCGUGAAAACCACAAUUUAUAAUAAGG